CCUCUCUCUUAUGGGCAAGGAAAAACAAAUUUUGAUAUGUGAUUAGAGUUGUUUCAGUUGUAAUUUGAAAUUUUUACCAUAAUUUUUGGUGAAUUGUGAUAGAUUUUUAGUUGGAGUUGAAAUCAUUGUUUGCCCAGUUUUUGUUAUGUGGAAUUGGAGGUGGGUUUCGUGUUAAAGGUCAAGAAUUUUGGUGUAAUAGUACGGAUUGAGUUUCAAAGUUGUGUGCUUUGUGCAUCAAUUGGUGAACGAAUUUGAUUGGUUCUGUUUUUUGGGUUCAAAGUUGAAACAAAAGUUUCAUGCUUUUGUUGCAUAGGUAGUAAUGCAUGUGAGUUCAUACCAAUUUUGUUGCAUGAGGCCCGGAUCAUGCUUUAAAUGGUGUGGUCUGUUGGAAAUUUUUAAUUACCUAUUGCCUCAUUUCUUGUUUGAGCAUUUUAGUUUCUCAUUUGGAAUUGAUAACAAAGGUCUCUUACAAGGUUAACGGGUUUUGCACCGAUGCAUUUUCGUUUAGUGUGUGAAUCCACCCUAAUCCAAAUAGUUAUGCAUUAGCUGACAGUGGUGUAUGCUUGAAUGCUCGAGAAUUUUCGGACCGACAACUAGUUUAAUUGAAAGCUAUGAGUUUUCUGAUGUGUUAGAAUGAAUUUCUGCAUAGAGAAGAGAAUUGUUUUGCUUACGUCGCACUAAAACUGGUUGUUUUGCGGUGCUGCCCUAGAGUGGCAACAGUCAGCAGUGAAGGAUCAACUGAAACAGAUGAACUGUGAUUAUUAUGUCUGAACAACUGAUAGAAGGUCUCCCUGACGCUGUUGCCCUUAGGUGCCUUGCAUGGGUUCCCUUCUAUCUCCACCCCAAGUUGGAGCUUGUUUCUCGUUCCUGGCAAGCUGCCAUUCAUAGCGCUGAACUUUUUAGAGUUCGACAGGAAGUUGGCUCAUGUGAGGAUCUAUUAUGCGUGUCUGCUAAUGAACCAGAUAAUCUAUGGCAACUAUAUGACCCUCGUCGAGACCUUUGGAUUACACUUCCUGUUCUCCCCUCUAAAAUAAAAAACCUUUCCAACUUCGGCACUGUCUUUACUGCUGGAAAACUGUUUGUUCUUGGUGGUGGCAGUGAUGCUGUUGACCCACAGACUGGUGACCAUGGUACCUUUUCAACCAGUGAGGUUUGGUCAUACGAUCCUGUAACCAGGCAAUGGACUCCACGUGCAUCUAUGCUUGUUCCUCGUGCAAUGUUUGCAUGCUGUGUUUUAGGUGGAAAGAUUGUUGUUGCAGGGGGUUUAACCAGCUGCCGGAAAUCAAUCUCUCUAGCAGAAAUGUAUGACCCUAACAAAGAUGUGUGGGCUCCAAUUCCUGAUCUGCAUUUAUCUCAUAAUUCAGUAUGCUCGGGGAUAGUGAUUGGAGAAAAGAUGUAUGUCUUACACAGGGGUUUAUCAACGGUGCAAGUCUUCGACAAUGUUGGGCGUCAAUGGACGGUAGAGGAUUAUGGUUGGCAACAGGGUCCAAUGACAGUCAUUAAGGAUGCACUCUAUGUGAUGAGCCAUGGAGUAAUCUCCAGACAAGACAGAGAAUCAUCAAAGGUAUUGGUUUCGGCUUCUGAGUUCAGUGGCAGAGUUGGGUUUGCAAUGGCUGGACUAGGAGAUGAAAUUUAUGUGAUUGGUGGGGUGAUUCUCUCUGAACAUGGGACCUCGGAAAUCAAGCAAAUAUCAGACGUUGAUGUUCUCACGAUCGGAGAUGAAAGACCAACUCGGCGCCAGGCUGCUCCAAUGACACGGUGCAAAGGAAGCGUUUAUGGUUGUGCACAGUUGAGAAUUUAGGUCUCAUUUGUUCUGGUCGCCAUUUGUUGUUGUGUUUUCGUUCCUGCUAGAAGGAAUUGGCGUUAUGCCAGCUGCCUUUUUGUUGUUUCGUUCCUGCUAGAAGGAAUUGGCCUUAUGCCAGCUGCCUUUUUGUUAUCGUCGGUCGGCCUUGUGUCACAAUACGAUCAUCGGCUUGUGCUCCCCUCGGAACUCUUAUAUCCGAAGUUAGGCCGAAGCGCCGGUGGAAGAGGCGACAGUUCAGUGGUACAAGAAUUAUAUGAACGAACGAUCUCAUGGACCAAGCACUUGUUUUCUUCUUCCUUCAUAAUCUUCUUGUAUGUCUCUCUCUGCUUCUUAUAUAAAUUUCUUUCAUUCAUGUUUAUUUGAUGGGGCAACCUGUGUUGUUCAACAAGUCAUUUAUAGAAUGUGAUCUAUAUAUAUAAAAAAAUCAUAUCAAUCCAUUUUCCUA